AUGGAAGUACUGGAUUUGGAGAUAACCGUUGUUCAAGCGGACGGCUUGGCGGCGAAGGAUUCGAACUUGCUGGGCUUCCGCACGACCAGCGAUCCGUACUGCGCAGUACGGUUUCAUCCACGAGGCCAAGAAAGCCACUACGACGAAGAUCACAUCUUUCUAGGCAAGACGGUUCCCAUCAUGAAGACUCUGGCGCCCAAGUGGGAGCAGAGCUUUCAAACUUUUUUGCCCUUGCGUCAUCUCACUGAGGAAGCUCAGUUCACCCUAACUCUCAUGGAUUGGGAUAAAAUCGGGGAGGAUGAUCCCAUGGGAGUUGUCACAGUUUACUUACCAUUGAGAGAGAUCAAACGAAAUGACAACUACAGUCAAACAAAAUGGUAUGGCAUUCCUGCAAGCUCAGCCCAAGGAGAAGAAGCCACGGGAAGAGUACAGGCCACUCUCAAUGCAACGCACAAACGAAUGACCGAGGAAGAGUUCAAAGCGGCACAAUCGGGACUGCACAAGUCCGCCCAACCCGCCGAAAGCACUAUGAGUACAUUCAACCCAGUCGCGCUGGUGGCUAACUCCACUCUAUACAAAAUGGGAGGAAGAGUCGCAAAUAUGGGCAAUGCCACAGACACUCGCAGCGAAGACACUGCCAAGGACGUGGACUCAAGACUAUCUGCCGUCAUGCGCAAACAAAAGGGGGCGCCGGAACCUGAGCCAGAACCAGAGCCAGAGCCAGAACCAAAACAAGAAGAACAAUCCGCAUUCAGUCGUUUGAAGCCCUUCAAUCUGCUGCGAAAAAACACAAUCACGGAGCAACCAGAAACAACCAAACAGAAACAACAAGUCGAAGUAUCCGAAUCAGAGCCGGAAUCUGAACCAGAGCCGGAAUCAGAGUCGGAAUCGGAAUCAAACUAUGUUCCUGCAGCUUCUCCCAAUCCAUCACGUCCCAUUCGAAGCAGAGACACGAGGCGUACUGGAGCCAGACGUCAACAUACCCGCAAUGAUGACCAAGACGAAGACGAGGACGAGGAUCCGAGUCAGAGUGGAAGUAGAAAUGCCAGACGACAACGAGCCAGACGACAACAUUCACGCGAUGAUGAUAAAGACGAAUCCGAACGACCCUCGCCACGACAGAGUGAUGCCAGGAAGACACGGCAGAAAAAAGACGGAGAACCGGUCCGACGCCGCAAUGAUGGGCCGCCACGUAAAACGUCGAGCGGAGAUGGAAAAAGACGCACCAGUAACAACAAACUUGCCAACGGAGAAAAAAGCAAGCCAAGGCGUCAUUCUUCUCGUGAUGACGAAGAUGGUCCUGGUGGGGACGGUUCUCAACAAAGACGACAACGAGCCACACGGACUCGUUCCAAUGGCAACGAAGCAAAAAAGGGAGCUUCCAGUGGCCGUCGACGAAUUGACGAUUCUUCUCGUGGGGACGAUGAUGGUCUUGUGGACGGUUCACAGCAAAGACGACCACGAGCCACACGGACUCGUUCCAAUGGCGACGAAGCGAAAAAGGGCGGCGGUGAACGGCGUCGUCGCCCCGAAGGAGGCACCAAGGACAGGCCCAGGAAAAACAGUGACAAUCGCAAACCGAGAAGCAAGGAUGAAAGCAAUGCCCGCGAAAGAAAAUCGGCCACAGGGUCUGCUCUUAGCAAGAUUGCCACGGAUGGUGAUGGUGACGGUGACGGCGAUUUCCAGACAACUGCCACAGGCUCUGCACUCAGCAAAUUGGCACAGAUUUCGUUCAACUAG